AUGGACUCCUCCUCCUCUUCUUCAUCCGGUCUUUCCUACCGGUCUUCCUCUUCCCGCGAGCCGACGCCGGAGGACAUACGCGCCCCGGAGCGAUGGGACGAGGCGGACUGGGACUUCUCCGUCUGGUCAGAGGAUGAUGAAUCCCUGACCUAUGGGGAAGACAACCUCCAUUUCCUCGUUGAUGGGGAUUCGGAGGAGGAAGACGACGAUGAUGCUCUCUGGGGCGAAGACAUCUCUUCCGAUGAGGAGGACGAGGAAGUGGAGGAGGACACCUCCUCCGAUGAGUACCCGCCGAUGAAGCGCUUCCGCACCGGGUCGGAUGAUGAUGACGACGAUGAUGACGAGGAGGAGUACGGGGCCCCUGCCGAAGGUUUCGGCAGCAUCGAUGAGGAGCCCGCCGGCAGCAGCACCGACAGCAGCCACGACAACACCGACGAGGGCAGCAACGGCCCUUAG